AUGCGUCCUGUUGCGAAGGAAGUGGUUUGGCUGAUCUUCUGGACACCUGAGGGGAAGGGCUGCGACGAUGGGAUUUUCGAAAUGGCGAGGUUGACGGUCCCUUGUCUUCAUGCCGUCUAUGCGAUUUAUGGGAGUCCCUCUCUCUCCGGCCACGCUCACGGCUCCUUCGACGCGAACUCACUGAUCGACUUCUAUACCGGCGCGAUUUCCGUCCACGAGGGCUCCUGGAGCGCUUUCGACCGUCUGGACUUAACGAUCUAUGUUGUUCCGACCUGGAGCUGCGUGCCUUGGGACGCCCUCGAACCUCGCGGGAAUGGGAAGACGUCGACCGAGAUCUAUGCCGACGGGAUCGAUGCCCGUCCUCGUGUCUAG